AUGAAGGUGCUCCCCGCACCGGGCCUGGCUCUGCUGCUCCUCACGGCCCUCGAGCUGUCUGCCACCGCCCCCUCCCUGUCUGCAGCCACCCCCAGGACCUCACGGAACAACUACCACCUUGCACAGGACUAUCUUGACAAGUAUUACACCAGGAAGGCAGGGCCCCAGGUCGGCGAGAUGGGGGCAGCAGGAGGCAGAGCCCUGGUCAAGAAGAUCAAGGAGCUGCAAGCCUUCUUCGGCCUCCGUGUCACCGGGAAGCUGGACCGGCCCACGAUGGACGUCAUCAAGAGGCCUCGCUGCGGAGUUCCCGACGUGGCAAACUAUCGCCUCUUCCCAGGUGAACCCAAAUGGAAAAAAAAUUCUUUGACAUACAGAAUAUCCAAAUACACACCUUCCAUGCCCUCGGCGGAGGUGGACAAAGCCGUGGAGAUGGCCUUGCAGGCCUGGAGCAGCGCCGUGCCGCUGAGUUUCGUCAGGGUGAACGCGGGCGAGGCCGAUAUCAUGAUAUCGUUUGAAACUGGAGAUCACGGGGAUUCCUAUCCGUUCGAUGGCCCUCGGGGGACUCUCGCCCACGCGUUCGCACCUGGGGAAGGCCUGGGAGGCGAUACCCAUUUCGACAAUGCUGAGAAGUGGACUAUGGGAAUGAAUGGUUUCAACUUAUUCACCGUGGCUGCCCACGAAUUCGGCCACGCCCUGGGCCUGGCCCACUCCACAGACCCGUCAGCACUAAUGUACCCGACAUAUAAGUACCAGCAUCCCUACGGAUUCCACCUGCCCAAGGACGACGUGAAAGGGAUCCAGGCCUUGUACGGACCCCGGAAGACAUUCCUGGGAAAGCCCACCGUGCCCCACGCACCCCCUCAAAGUCCAUCCAUCCCUGACCUCUGCGACUCCAGCUCCUCCUUCGAUGCCGUGACGAUGCUGGGAAAGGAGCUCCUGCUCUUCCGGGACCGGAUCUUCUGGCGUCGGCAAGUUCACGUGAUGGGGGGGAUCCGGCCCAGCACCAUUACCAGCUCCUUCCCUCAGCUUAUGUCCAACGUGGACGCAGCUUACGAAGUGGCCGACAGGGGCACUGCUUACUUCUUCAAAGGCCCCCACUACUGGAUAACGAGAGGCUUCCAAAUGCAGGGUCCUCCUCGAACUAUUUAUGAUUUUGGCUUCCCGAGGUAUGUGCAGCGGAUAGAUGCCGCCGUCUACCUCAAGGACGUGCAGAAGACGCUUUUCUUUGUGGGAGAUGAAUACUACAGCUACGAUGAGCGAAAACGGAAGAUGGAGAAGGACUACCCGAAGAACACGGAGGAGGAAUUCUCGGGGGUCAACGGCCAGAUCGACGCUGCUGUGGAACUGAAUGGCUACAUUUACUUCUUUUCAGGACCCAAAGCAUACAAGUACGAUACAGAGAAGGAGGACGUGGUCAGUGUGCUGAAAUCCAGCUCCUGGAUCGGCUGCUAAACAGGAAGGUCUCGUGUUUUCUGGGGAGUGAGCACGACCACCAGCAGCUGGUCCCGGGACCGCAAGGACCGAGGCAGAAUGUAGGAUCGGGGUCGUCCCGCAGCCUUUGAUCCUGAGGGCGCUUAGACUUCAUCGGAAAUCAUUACGCUUCUCAAGUUUUUCAUCGUUGCAGAUUCAUAAUUCUAAUCUAAAUGGACAAUUUCUCUAGGGUCAGCGUCACGUAAAAUCAGAAUUGAAACCAUGCUGUCUUCCACUAGACACCCACCGCCUUUUCUCUCCUUACCUAAUAUACGGAAGCAAAUUGAUAAAUUUGGUUUUUAUUUCCAAGAAGAAGCAUAUUUGUGGAUUCCCUGACACAUAUUAUAACUCUCUUUAACAGGAAACAUCAUUGCCAUACAAAUGAUCAUUACUCCUUACCAGCAGUGGCGUUUGCGGCCCCUGCAUUCGUCAUGAUAAGUAGACAUUUGUCCAUCUGUACCUUGAACCCGGCACAAACAAAAUACCGUGUGAGUCUUAUUUCUCGUCAUUGGAGAACGAGCUCCGUGCACUCACUGGCCUUUGAAGUAGGUCGUAGAGGGCAAACCUAUUCAAAUGAGUUUUCACGCUAGGCAAGAGAUGGACACUUGGCGAGAAGAAAUCUUUUAACAAAAGCCAAUAAAAAUGUUGUCUAAGAACAGUUCCUCAUUUCUCUUUUCAGUUAAUAUUGACUAGCUCCCAUCAC